AUUAAAAUUCAAUUGUCAUUUCCAUAGCCGCAAACAAAUUAAGUAUGCAAAUGUUUCUAUUAAUUGCCAAUCUGAAGCGUGAUAUGAGAUCCAAGCACGCAACCGUCACUAGUUUGGGGUUCAACGUAGUCUCCCAUUCCAUGCCAACUGCCGCCUCCAGUGGAAGUGAUAAGGCACAAAAGCUAUGGCACUGAUCUCGGAAGUGCGUUGCCUUUACAGUUUUUAGUUGUCCGCUGAGUGUUUGCUAUGAAACACAUCGCAUUCGUAUUGUUUUUGCUGUGGAACGCCAGUCUCUGUAUACAGGGUCACUUGCUCUCUCAGCCCGAUCUUGAGCUAUACCACAUUCAGGCCCAGGAACAGCUUAUCUCUAACCACAAUGAUAGUUUGUAUGUGCAGCGGGUUAUGCGGCUGGCCAAAGCGUCGGAAAUGCGCAACUAUAUGGACGAAAAAGUAGACGCCUGUGACAAUUUCUAUGAGCUAAGUUGCGGUAAUUGGCCAAAAAUACAUCCGGCCAAUGAUGCCCAUCCCCGGGAGACGAAUUACGAGCAGCUUCUGGUCAAGGCUUAUAGACAUAAACAACAACGUUUGCUGGAGCGUCCGGCUAAUCUGAAAAUUGAUGAUUCUGGCGUGUUCAAGGUAAAGCAGUUCUAUGCCAGUUGCCUUCAUUACCGACAGACUCCAACGGCUCUCUAUCGCCAGCAAUUGGCGGAAAUAAUCGGAGAAUUCGGCCGUAUGCCCGCACUAGCUCUGCCGGGACAGGAAUGGCCGGCAGAUGAGUUCGAUUGGCUAGAGACGGUGGCCCUCAUUAAACGAAAAUAUGACUUAAAUAUAAUACUGCUCCUACAGAUGAUUGACGAUAAAAUCUAUGUGGGCCAGCCUCAUCGAUUUUCGCCACAACCUAAUCAACAGGGUAGAGAACUGGUGAACCAAAUUACCAAACAACUAGAGCAGCAUUUAAAUCUGGCAGAAGAUGUGGCCAAAGAAACGGCAAUGGAAAUUGCGGAAUUGGAAGAGAAAUUGGUCAAGGCCAUGGUGGAUCGACCGGUGGGGGUGUUGGCCCAAUUACGUACAGCCGAUGAAUUAGAUGCCGCCUAUUCUAAUGAAGUCAACCUCACCACUUAUUUGGAAAAUGUUUUGGAACGGCCUGUGGAUUCAAAUGAAACUUUCUACCAACAUGUGCCCAGUUAUUUGUCGCACGUUUUACCCAUAUUGACGGAGACGCCAACGAAUGUCUUGGCCAAUUAUAUAUUUCAUCAGCUGGUAAUGCACUUUAACUAUGACUUGCAAUCCUCAUCCGCUGUGAAGCAGUGUCUGGCCAGUGUCAGGGAGCACUUUCCGGAGCUACUCGAUUAUAUGGUCUAUCAACACUAUGGAGACGCAGCCACCCUGGAGGACAUUGAGUCGGUUUGGCAGCAAGUCAAAGGAAGUUUCAGUGAAAUGCUGGAAUCUAAAAAUUCUGAUUGGUUGGCUGUAUUGACUCGUCGUCAAUUGCUAGAGCAGCUCAAUGCCACUCGCCUGGUUAUAAAUGGUCAUGCGAAUGUGAAUUUCAGUGAGAAGUAUCAGUUAUUGCAUUUCAAAAAUCAGGAUUAUCUCUUUAAUUUACGCUCAAUUCUUAGUCAUGAUAGAUUUAAGAACAAACCGACUAACCAAUUGUCGUCACCAACCUAUGAUGCUAAAAGUAAUGCUGUUCUUUUGCCUGUUGCCCUGAUCCAGCCCAACAUUCUGUGGUCUCGUUAUUACCCUCGUGCUCUGCGUUAUGGCAGUAUUGGGACUCUGCUGGCCCAACCUCUGGCACACAGUUUCAAUGACCACUCGGGAUGGGAUAGUAGUUCUCAGGAGGAGUAUGAAAAGCGCAAAGAUUGCUUCAAAUAUCAAUAUGGACGUUUACGCCUUGAUGGUCAGUAUCUAGCCGAAAACGAGAUGCAAGCGCAAAAUAUGGCAGACAACGUGGCCGUUCAGGUGGCUUACCUAGCCUACAAAUCCUAUCUGCAGCAAUUGGCCAAAUCGGCCAUCGGCACCGAGUCCUUGCCCACCUUGAAUGGUACCCCUCAGCAGCUUUUCUUCUUUAGCUAUGGUCAGCUCUGGUGCAGCGAUGCGAAUGAGCAGUUCCGGGAUAAGCAAUCACUUCUUAAUACACGCACUCCGAAUCCCUUAAGGUUACUCGGCUCACUUGCCAAUUUUGCCGACUUUGCAAAUGAUUUUAAAUGCCCAAGGGAAACUCGUAUGAACCCCUCUCAAAAGUGUCAGCUGUAUUAGUUAUGGAUAAAGGCAAAUUGCGAAUAAUUUAAAAUUCAAAAUCAAUUUUCAUUCGAUUGAGAAACUGUGUUUACACAUUUUUAAUGUUUUUCUAUGCUAGUUUUAUUACAUUUCUUUAAUAAAAGGUAAACGGAAAAAUUCCCAUUUGAAGUUAA